UCGGCAGCUGCUGCAGGAGGUGCUGGACGCCGACCUCAGCGAUCAAGCUUUUCCUUUCUCCACACACAAAGUCGUCAACGCCGCCGGCCAUCAGGUACGUGCCAUGCGCCUGUCCUUUGUGGGGGAGCUGGGCUGGGAGCUCCACAUCCCCAACGACUCCUGCCUGCCCGUCUACCACGCCGUCAUGGCGGCGGGCGCCAAGCAUGGCGUCAUCAACUCGGGCUACAGAGCCAUCGACUCUCUGAGUAUCGAGAAAGGGUACCGCCAUUGGCACGCCGACCUUCGCCCCGAUGACACGCCCCUGGAGGCGGGGCUAGCCUUCACCUGCAAGAUGAAGAGCGCCAUCCCCUUCCAAGGUCGAGAUCGGCUGGAGAAGCAGAAGGAGGCGGGGCUAAAGAGACGCAUCGUGUCCUUCACCAUCGACGAGAAAGUUCCCAUGUUUGGCUUGGAGGCCAUCUUCUACAACGGCCUUCCUGUGGGUCACCUGCGGCGUGCUGACUACGGCUUCUUCAUCGACAAGACCAUCGGCUACGGAUACAUCCGCUGUCCUGAUGGCGGCGUGGUGAGCGCUGACUUCGUGAAGAGCGGCGAGUUCACGCUGGAGCGGAUGGGCGUGGCCUACAAGGCCAAAGCCCACCUGAGAUCCACCUUUGACCCCGAGAACAAGCGCGUGAAAGGCGUGUACGACUGACCUCAUCUGACCUCGUCUGACCAGCAGGCGCCAACUUUCCAUCUUCAGCAGGUGGCCUUCACUUGGCGCUGCACUCUGUCCUCUCUAACGCACUUUUUCUCCCCCAAUUAUGCAACCUUCGCUUUUUGUCAAGGAAUUGUUGACUUUUCGUAGCGUGGAUCUGAAGGAUCAAACAUGACAUUUUGACGUGUUAGCAAGUCGAGCUUUACUUGCUACUUUCUAAGGAAAUAGCCCUUAGCUUAGCGGCUAACCUGGAGCUAGCGUCCACUAGCAGUGAAUGCUAAUAUUUAAGCUCGAACAAUCUCUAUUGUACUUUUUCUUCUGCCAAUAAGGUUAUUAAUUUAUUCUUGGAGUCUUAAAAUCAAAUCAAGCCAAUUUUCAUAUUUUUCACUCAAUUUGCUAUUUUCAAGGAACUAGCUGCUAGCUUAGCAUCUAACCUGGACUUAUUAUUCUGCAGCAGUUAAUGCUAAUAUUUGAGCUCAAAGGAUCUAUAUUAUAGUUGUAUAGUAUAUUUCUUUUGGCUGUAAGUUUAUUAAUGUUGUGUGUCUGGGUGAAUAAAGUGUAUUUUACUAUUAAAAAAUGCAAAUAAAAAGCCAUUGUGUUCGUUAGCUGUUAUUGUUAACAUUUUAACCCUACAUUUACUGUUUUAUUCUGGCAUAAAAUUCCAAUAAAGGUAAUUGUUUUGUGUCCUG